AUGUCCCGUGUAGGUGGUGCCUCGGCACGAUCCUUGACUCUGACCGAAGAGUUAGAGAAACUCGAACAAUCUAUUACCCUUACCCUUCAAGGCUUUCGAGCGCAUCGAAUUGUGACCUCAAGCAUACUGCCAGUAGUGGAGCAAUAUGCAGAACAUUCUAAGACAGUGUGGGAGGGAUCGAAGUUCUGGAAACAAUUCUUUGAGGCCAGCGCGAACGUCUCGCUGUCAGGCGUAGAAGAGCGAGAAGAGGAUGGCGAUCCUUCGUAUACCCAGUCACAUGAAAAUACAAGCACCUAUGGAGAUUCGACAUCACAGGGGGGCGACGAUACAUUGCCAGCACACAGAGAGGGCCAUGAUGCAUACGAUGAGACUGACAACUCUCUCUUGGAUGACGCCUCUAUUAGCGGAAGCACUCCCCGAGCUCCCCGUCCAAAGAGUUCGAUGGAUAGCGAGCCUAGAUUUGCCGAUUAUCCUUCCCCAUACGAGGAUUUGAAGCUGGAGCUCAAAGGCUCUUCGAAGAAGAAAAGCCGUGACGAUGAGACACGAGUUGAACCAACUACACCAGGAGCUCAGUCUCGAAUUCCGGAUAUGUCAAUGACACCAAACUCCUCCCCAUUUGACCCAACGACUUAUCUUCAAGCUACUGCCCAGCACCGACCCGGUGCCGACCCUCUCUUACACCGAGUUCUCGACAAAAACUAUAGAAUUCAAGCCACGCCUCAUGCUGCCCGCAAAGAGAAUAAAACUCCAGCAAAAGUUAAAACCCCGUUACAUAAGCCCUCAUGGAGGGAUGAAGGGUCUCCUAUGUCAUCCCCUCCAGAAGCAGCACCAGAGCUGCAUGCCGAGAUCUUCAGUUCGCCGAUUAGAAAACAGUAUAACAGAACUGCGCCUAGGACUCCUGGUAUCAGUGUCCAGACACCGGCCAAAGGAAGGGCAAACGAUUUCGCCUCAAAACCCUCAAAGAACGAUGAGAUUAGCUGGGAGAGUGACAGUGAUGAGGACGCCGAAGGAGUUUAUCGCGGGCUUGGAAUGAGCCCUCCGAAAACUAUCCAGUUCUCGUUGCCGCAAUCGAGACUAUUACAAACUCCUGCACGAGAGGCUAGCAAGAGAAUUGUCGAAGACUUGCUCACCACAGCUGGAGCGGGUGCCGAUGACACCGACGAACUAGACAGCCCAAGCAUGGUACCGAUGAGAGAUAACAUAGACGAUACUUUUUAA